AGUACUGGCCUCUUUUUAUAACUUCUUUGCUUUGGGGUGGGGGAUAACUCUGGUAGAAAAAUGGAAGGAAAAAAAAUAGAGUGGUGGCUUUUGUAGCUUGUCAUCUUGCUUCAGCAGAGACAUUUGCAGCAGUAGCAGCGAGUAAUUAAGUCAGACUGCACCAUUUUCUUCUCACCCUGUAAGAGGAUGAUGGUGGCAGCAGCAGCGGCAGGGAGCUGUCCACCCCCAUCUACCCACGGACCCACCCACUUCCAGCGGAUGUACAGAGGUGGGUUUAUCUUGGCUUUCCUCUGAGAGGCACAGUCCAUCUGGAGGAAUCCCAAUAGAUCUUUUCAAUGUGAAGAAACUCUUUUAUAUUGGAUGGAUUUUUGUAUUCACCUGUCACAGAAAUUUCCAGUUGCUUCAUGCUUGCUGCAAGGAACUCUUCUUCUGCUACCGUGUAUUCUGUGUUCAUGCAAGGGGAUCACAAGAGAUUCUUAAUUCAGGAUAUCAUGCUGAGUUAUGGAUGCUGCAGAGGCUAGAGCACAGCUGUGACCUAUCACAGACAGCUUGAGGAGCAGGAGGAGGAGGAGAGGAGGAGGAAAGGGUUGCCCAGUGAAUAUCUGGCUUCCAGGAUUACCUUGGUAGUGUCCUUGUAAGAUAAACAAAUCUCGUGGAUAUCUGGGUACCAGAACGGAAACUCCAAGCUGAUAUCCCCUCUCCAAGAUGGCUCAUGCUGCUGCUUCUAUCAAAAAAGUCCGAGAAGCAGAAAUUGAUGAAAGGGAGAAGGAGAAAGAAAAGGAGAGGAAAAGGCAGAGGAGAAUAUCUAGAGAAAAUCGGAAGCGCAAGUCGGACAGCAAUGCAAGCUUCCUUCGAGCUGCCAGAGCUGGCAAUCUGGACAAAGUAGUGGAAUAUCUAAAAGGAGGAAUAGACAUCAAUACAAGCAAUCAGAAUGGACUUAAUGCCUUACACUUGGCUGCCAAAGAAGGCCAUGUGGGUUUGGUUCAGGAAUUGCUGGAAAGAGGAUCUGCAGUUGAUUCUGCAACGAAGCAGAAGGGAAAUACUGCGCUACAUAUUGCUUCCCUGGCAGGACAGGCUGAAGUGGUCAAAGUUCUAGUUAAAGAAGGAGCUAAUAUUAAUGCACAGUCUCAGAAUGGCUUCACGCCUCUCUACAUGGCAGCGCAGGAGAACCAUAUCGAUGUAGUAAAAUAUCUUUUGGAAAACGGAGCCAAUCAGAGCACUGCUACUGAGGAUGGAUUCACUCCACUCGCAGUUGCAUUGCAGCAAGGACACAAUCAGGCAGUGGCUAUUCUUUUGGAGAAUGACACUAAGGGGAAAGUGCGACUGCCGGCACUGCAUAUUGCUGCCAGAAAAGAUGACACCAAAUCAGCAGCACUUCUCCUCCAGAAUGAUCAUAAUGCUGAUGUUCAGUCUAAGAUGAUGGUGAAUAGAACAACUGAGAGUGGUUUCACACCUUUGCAUAUAGCAGCACAUUAUGGAAAUGUUAAUGUAGCGACACUUCUACUCAACCGAGGAGCUGUUGUAGACUUCACAGCAAGGAAUGGAAUCACCCCACUGCAUGUGGCUUCCAAAAGGGGGAACACUAACAUGGUGAAGCUCUUGUUGGAUCGUGGAGGGCAGAUCGAUGCCAAAACCAGGGAUGGGCUGACUCCAUUGCACUGUGCUGCACGAAGUGGACAUGACCAAGUUGUAGAGCUUCUCCUGGAACGAGGUGCCCCACUGCUUGCCAGAACCAAGAAUGGACUGUCUCCACUUCAUAUGGCUGCUCAGGGUGACCAUGUGGAGUGUGUCAAACACCUACUGCAGCACAAGGCUCCUGUUGAUGAUGUUACACUGGAUUACCUGACUGCCCUCCAUGUUGCUGCACACUGUGGUCACUAUCGUGUCACCAAGCUUCUGCUGGAUAAGAGAGCAAAUCCAAAUGCCCGUGCUUUGAAUGGUUUUACUCCACUGCACAUUGCUUGCAAGAAAAAUCGCAUUAAAGUAAUGGAACUGCUGGUGAAAUAUGGGGCUUCAAUCCAAGCUAUAACAGAGUCGGGCCUGACGCCAAUUCAUGUGGCUGCAUUUAUGGGGCAUUUGAACAUAGUUCUCCUUCUACUGCAAAAUGGUGCUUCUCCAGAUGUCACUAACAUUCGUGGGGAGACUGCUUUGCACAUGGCAGCUCGUGCAGGACAAGUAGAAGUGGUGCGCUGUCUCCUGAGGAAUGGUGCUUUGGUUGAUGCACGAGCCAGGGAGGAACAGACACCACUGCAUAUUGCUUCUCGCUUGGGUAAAACAGAAAUUGUGCAGCUACUUCUGCAACACAUGGCACACCCAGAUGCUGCAACAACCAAUGGAUAUACACCACUACACAUCUCUGCCCGAGAAGGCCAACUUGAUGUAGCAUCAGUUCUACUGGAGGCAGGUGCAGCACAUUCUUUGGCUACCAAGAAGGGAUUCACACCACUACAUGUGGCAGCAAAGUAUGGAAGUCUUGAUGUGGCAAAGCUCCUGUUGCAGCGUCGUGCACCUGUUGAUUCAGCUGGGAAGAAUGGUCUCACUCCCCUCCAUGUUGCUGCUCACUAUGACAAUCAGAAAGUGGCACUGCUAUUACUGGAGAAAGGGUCUUCUCCUCAUGCUACUGCCAAGAAUGGGUAUACUCCUCUACACAUUGCUGCUAAGAAGAAUCAGAUGCAGAUAGCAACAACUCUACUGAACUAUGGAGCAGAGACCAAUAUUUUGACCAAACAAGGAGUGACUCCACUUCACUUGGCCUCUCAAGAAGGUCAUGCUGAUAUGGUGAACUUACUUUUGGAGAAGGGAGCUAAUAUUCAUGUGGCCACAAAGAGCGGAUUGACAUCUUUACAUUUAGCAGCUCAAGAAGAUAAAGUAAAUGUAGCUGAUAUGCUGAUAAAGCAUGGAGCCAACAAAGAUGCCCAGACUAAGCUGGGUUACACUCCACUAAUUGUGGCUUGUCACUAUGGAAACAUCAAGAUGGUGAACUUCCUUCUGAAGCAAGGAGCUAAUGUCAAUGCUAAGACAAAGAAUGGAUAUACUCCUCUUCAUCAAGCUGCUCAGCAAGGCCAUACUCACAUCAUCAAUGUUCUUCUUCAACAUGGGGCCAAACCAAAUGCAGUCACUGCGAAUGGCAACACUGCCUUAGCAAUUGCUAAGCGUCUGGGAUACAUCUCAGUGGUAGAUACAUUAAAGGUGGUAACAGAGGAAGUAAUCACCACUACAACUACUGUCACAGAGAAGCACAAGCUCAAUGUACCUGAGACUAUGACUGAAAUUUUGGAUGUUUCGGAUGAGGAAGCUUUAAAACAUUCUGAUUAUGACCAUUCCACUGACGAGGAAGCCUUUAGUGAUGCAGGUGAUGACACCAUGACAGGAGAUGGGGGAGAAUAUCUGAGACCUGAAGAUCUGAAGGAACUAGGUGAUGAUUCCUUACCUAGUAGUCAGUUCUUAGAUGGCAUGAACUACCUGAGAUACAGCCUGGAAGGAGGCCGCUCUGACAGUAGUACUAUGCCCAGCCUGCGAUCCUUCAGUUCAGACAGGUCCCGUACACUGAGCCAUACCUCGUACUUGAGGGACAGCACUAUGAUUGAUGACACCGUCAUUAUCCCAAGUCACCAGAUAUCCGCAUUAGCUAAAGAAGGUGAGAGAAAUUCAUAUCGUUUAAGUUGGAGUCCUGAUAAUCUGGACAACAUAACGCUUUCUGCUAGCCCUAUUCAUUCUGGCUGCCUGUCUUCCAAAAAGGAUAUUGGAUCAUUGCUAACAAGCCACACCUCUCCAUAUUUUGACAAUGAAAACAGCAGUUUUCUGGUCAGUUUUAUGGUUGAUGCUCGAGGUGGUGCUAUGCGGGGUUGCAGACACAAUGGGCUUCGAAUCAUUAUUCCACCUCGGAAAUGCAGUGCUCCAACUCGAGUUACUUGCCGGUUGGUCAAACGCCAUAGACUCGCCACAAUGCCUCCAAUGGUGGAAGGAGAUGGUCUUGCCAGUCGCCUUAUUGAAGUUGGGCCUUCUGGUGCUCAAUUUCUUGGUAAACUUCACCUGCCUACGGCUCCUCCCCCACUUAAUGAGGGAGAAAGUUUGGUCAGCCGAAUCCUACAGCUGGGGCCUCCAGGGACCAAAUUUCUUGGGCCUGUGAUUGUUGAAAUCCCUCACUUUGCGGCAUUACGUGGUAAAGAAAGAGAGCUGGUGAUUUUGCGUAGUGAGAAUGGGGACAACUGGAAAGAACAUUUCUGUGAAUUUACAGAAGAUGAGUUAAAUGAAAUACUAAAUGGAAUGGAUGAAGUGCUUGACACCCCAGAAGAGCUGGAGAAGAAGCGUAUUUGCCGUAUUAUCACCCGAGAUUUCCCACAGUACUUUGCAGUGGUGUCCCGGAUUAAACAAGACAGUAACCUCAUUGGCCCUGAGGGUGGUGUACUAAGCAGUACUGUAGUACCACAAGUGCAAGCAGUCUUUCCAGAGGGAGCAUUAACUAAGAGAAUUCGUGUUGGUCUUCAGGCCCAACCUAUGCACAGUGAACUUAUAAAGAAAUUUUUAGGCAAUAAAGCCACAUUCAGUCCUAUUGUCACAUUGGAACCUAGGCGAAGAAAAUUCCAUAAGCCAAUAACUAUGACUAUUCCUGUUCCGAAAGCUUCCAGUGAUAUGAUGAUAAAUGGUUAUGGAGGUGAGACUCCUACUCUAAGACUACUAUGCAGCAUAACAGGUGGAACAACACCUGCUCAGUGGGAAGACAUAACAGGAACAACACCAUUAACAUAUGUAAAUGAAUGUGUUUCCUUCACCACAAACGUGUCUGCCAGAUUUUGGUUGAUAGAUUGUCGACAGAUACAGGAAUCUGUAGCAUUUGCUUCCCAAGUAUAUAGAGAAAUUAUAUGUGUACCUUACAUGGCCAAAUUUGUAGUGUUUGCUAAAUCUCAAGAUCCCAUAGAAGCCCGACUAAGAUGUUUCUGCAUGACCGAUGAUAAAGUGGAUAAAACACUAGAGCAACAAGAAAACUUUGCUGAAGUUGCUCGAAGCAGGGAUGUAGAGGUAUUAGAAGGAAAACCUAUAUUUGUGGACUGCUUUGGGAAUUUAGUACCAUUAACAAAGAGUGGCCAACAUCACAUAUUCAGUUUUUAUGCCUUCAAAGAAAACAGACUUCCAUUGUUUGUCAAGGUUCGGGAUACAACACAAGAACCUUGUGGACGUCUAUCAUUUAUGAAAGAGCCUAAAUCUUCAAGAGGUCUGGUACAUCAAGCUAUCUGCAAUCUGAAUAUCACAUUACCAGUAUACACAAAGGAAUCAGAAUCAGAUCAAGAACAGGAAGAAGAGACUGACAUGACAUCAGAAAAACAUGAUGACGAAACAGAAUCUACAGAAACAUCUGUCCUGAAAAGCCAUCUUGUCAAUGAUGUUCCUGUCCUAGCAAGUCCAGAUUUGCUGUCUGAAGUCUCUGAGAUGAAACAAGAUUUGAUAAAAAUGACUGUAAUUUUGACAACAGAUUCUUCUGAAAAAACAGAUUCUGUUAAAGUAAAAGACCUUACAAAAGCUGCUGAUGAAGAGCCUGGAGAACCAUUUGAAAUUGUGGAAAGAGUUAAAGAAGACUUGGAAAAAGUGAAUGAAAUUCUAAGAAGUGGGAGCUGCCCCAAAGAAAAGCCAGCUUUGCAGAGAUCUGCUUCUGGAAAAAAGUUGGUGGAAGGAGAUUGGGUUCUUUUAAGUGAUGAAGAAAUUGAAGAGGCCAAGCAAAAUGUUCCUUUGGAAGUUUGUGAGCCUAUUUGUGUAGAAAAUAGAAUAGGCAAAGAAAAAUCAAAGAAAGAAACAAAAGAUAUGACAGGAAUGGUUGAUUAUCUCAGUGAGGAUCUAAACCUUUAUGUGUCUUUGAAUGAAAUGCAGCCGCAGACAUUUCGAGAAGACAUAGUAGAAGAAAGAUUUGAAGCUGUUGUUGUAAGCAGGGGUUCUGAAGCAGACAAAAAAGACAAAAAGAUGCAAGAUCAAUGCAAACCUACCUUGGAAAUUAAAAAACCUGUUAGAAAGAAAUUAAAAGAUAAAUUAAAUCUAAAGGUUGAAGAAACCCAAGGAAAGGAUAAGUCUUUAGGGCUAAACAAAUUCAGUUCAGAGGAAUCUUUAGAUGAAGAGCAACUAUUAUCUACUGCAGAGCUUGUGAAAGAUACUGCUGUGUCUCCAGUUAUAGAAGAAACCCCUAUUGGGUCAAUUAAAGAUAAAGUGAAAGCUCUUCAGAAGCGAGUAGAAGAUGAACAGAAAGGACGUUCAAAGUUGCCAGUUCGACUCCAAGGAAAAGAGGGAUCCGAGAAGCCUGUUACAAAGCCAUCGCAAACUAAAAAGAUUAUUUGUAAAACAAAACCUCCAGGUUCUCUCUCUUCCACAAAGACUUCAGCUUCUCCAUCAGCCACAAAGAUUCCACCUUCUCCAAAGACUUCUGCUGCUUCUUCCUCUUCUUCUAAACUGUCAUCUCCUUCUACUAAGAAGCCAGCUGUUUCUCCUACCACAAAAAAGCCAGCUCUUUCUCCCACAUCAAGGAAGCCACCAGUUUCUCCCACAGUUAAAAAGCCAUCAGUUUCUCCCACAGCUAAAAAGCCUCCUAUUUCUCCUACAUGUAAGAAGUCUUCUGUGUCACCAUCUCCCAAAACAGAAAGAAUUGAAGAGACUAUGUCUGUUCGUGAACUAAUGAAAGCUUUCCAGUCAGGUCAAGACCCAUCAAAGCAUAAAGCUGGACUUUUUGAGCAUAAGUCUAUAAAGCAGAAACAACAGGAUUCAGACAAAGUGACAACUAAAAAAGGAGCUACUCAAGCAGAAAGUGAAAAGAAGCUAACGUCAACCUCUAGAGACACACAUCAAAAAGACAGUCCUAAAAGCAAAAAGAACCAGGAACCUCAGACAGAGGUAGGUUUGCAAUCUAAAAAAAUCACACAGAGUAUACCUCGUAUAACCUUGAAGAAAGAUUUAAUCACAAAAUCACAGAGUGACAGCAAAAAAGAACCUCCUGUCAUUGUUGAAGAAAAAUCCAAAGAUGUAGCCCUGAUAUUUGAUGACCAAGGGGAUACUGAGCUUCAGAUUAGUCCGGACAGAAAGACAUCAACUGAUUUUUCUGAUGUCAUAAAAGAAGAGCUGGAAGACAAUGAUAAAUACCAACAGUUGCGGCAUAUUUCAAUUACAGAGGAAGGUGAGCUUCACUUAGAUCAAGUUCUAACCAGUCCAUUCAAUAUUACAUUUCCAUCAGAAUAUAUGAAAGAUGGGUAUUUGCCCACACUCUCCUUGCAAAGUGGUGCUUUGGAUGGCAGCUCAGAAAGUCUUAAACAUGAAGGCAUAGCAGAUUCUCCAAUUGGUAGCCUGCUUGAUGGAACUCCCCAGAACAGUUCUGAGGAAAGUUAUAAGCAUGAGGGCUUGGCAGAAACUCCAGAAACAAGCCCCGAAAGCCUUUCAUCAAAGAAAACAGAAGCUGCUGACCAGAUGGAAGAAACUAUAUUAGCCAGUGCAGUGCAGAGGACAUCAGAAACACAUUCACCAAGGGGGCUUUCUCCAACAGAAAAGGAAAUUACUGUUUGUGACAAAGACCUAAAAGAUAUGACAGAAACCACAGAAUCCCAUACCCAUCAUAUGUCAGAAGAACAUUCCAAAGGCCUAGAUUUUAGUUCAACUCUGAUUGAUAAAGAUGCUCUCCAUGAUAAGUCAUCAGUGCUGCCAGAUCAAAGACAUUUUACUAAAUUAGAUGAACAAAAUGAUUCUUUUAUUGAAAAAGAUGAGGAUACAUCCUUUGAGCCAUAUACCAUUAGCAGAGGACUAGAGCUUUCAUUUCCUAGCCAUGAGGGAGAAGGUCUUAGUCCUGCUGCAGAUGAAUCCAUAGCUAUAAGUCAUAAAGAUUCAUUGGAAGCAAGCCCAGUGUUGGAAGAUAAUUCUUCACGUAAAACACCUGAUUCACUUGAGCCUAGUCCAACCAAAGAAUCUCCCUGUCGUGAUUCUCUGGAAAGUAGUCCUGUAGAACAGAAAUCAAAACCUGGUUUCCUUCCAGGUCCUGGUCCAAUUCAGGCUACCCCUGCUAAAGCUGAAAACUUCCCAGAACUAGCCCCUGUACGGUCUAGACUCUUACGUGAUCCUGAUGGAAGCGCCGAAGAUGACAGUUUAGAACAAACAUCUCUUUUGGAGAGCUCAGGAAAAAGUCCUCUUUCACCUGAGACUCCUAGCUCUGAAGAAAUUAGUUAUGAAAUCACACCCAAAAUAGCUGAAUCACAGAUUCUUGCAAAUAUACCCAAGUCUGCAGUAAUUCCUGAGGUUAAUGAAGAGCCAGAAGAUGAUUCAGAAGAUGAACCAAAGAAAAGAUUCACUCCAGAAGAGGAGAUGUUUAAAAUGGUGGCCAAAAUUAAGAUGUUUGAUGAGCUGGAACAGGAAGCAAAACAGAAGAGGGAUUAUAGAAAGGAUUUCAAACAAGAUGAUAUUAUUUCAGUUUCUGAUUUGGAAGAUGCUUCUGAAACUAAAAGGUUAUCUUCAACAACUCUAGAAGAUAAUACUUUAUCUACAGUAGUGACUUCUGGAGUUGUAUCUAGAAAGAGCUCUUCGUCCUCAGAAAGUGAGCCAGAAUUAACAAAGCUGAAAAAAGAAGCUGAUUCUGGGCUGUUAAUGGAACCUACAAUGAGACUGCAACCUUCUUCAUCUCAUCUUUCCAUCAUGGAUUCCAGUUCCAGUCCUGAAGAGACAGGAUUUCAGCCUAUUGAGUCUAAGCAGCAAGCAUUUAGUACUGAGGAGGAUAAUACAGAAUCUGAUAAACCAACUGAGGAAACCAAAAUGUCGUGUGAUACUUCACUUGCUUCUGAUGCCAGCAUCAUAGCACAGGCUAGCGAAUCAAAGUGUUAUAAUACAGAUGAGAGUGACACAGUUAGCCCUAAUGGCCCUAUGAUGCCACCUGAGGAAUCUUUCUACCAUUCUGCUGAUGAUGAUGCUCAAAAAAUAAUUGAGUUAUAUGAAACUUCAGUGGCAUCAUACCAGCAGGAUGAUUCUUUAAAAGAUAAUGUAGUAUCUGAAGGGGUGCUACCAAAUGACUUAAUUACUAUGGGAGGAACUUCAGAGGGCUCCUGUAUACCUGGGACUUCUCAUUGCUGUGUUUCACAAAAUAAUGUAUUGGCUACUAAUGUUUCGCCUGACCACUCUCCUUUGGCUGGAACAGAUCACAGGUUAGAGAUGACAGACAGGGCUUUUUCUAGCAUAGAGCAUGCCAUAAAAUACUCACCUCCAACAACCCCAAAAAGUAUGUAUGAAAGUGAUAUAGAAGAAUUUGGCAAAAGUAGUGCUUUGCCUAUAACAAGCCCUUAUGAAAAUGUCCCUUCACAACAUUUUUUUACUAAUGAUGAAAUUAGUCCAGAAAUUGAUUUAAAAACAAGAAUAGAUCAGUCACCUGAGGAAGAUUAUUCUGAUAAAGAAAAAAAUAAAAUGGCUGAAGAUACAAGAAUGAAUUCUCUUUAUAGAACACUAUCAGAAGGUUCUGAAGUUCAGGUCCCAGAAAGUGUCUGUAUGGAGAUAGCAUCCAAGGAAAUGGACAGUUUUCAGAAAAGAUCAGCUUCGGAAUCUUCAGCAUCAGCCUCUACAUCACUAGAUGAAACUGCUCUACAAGGUAUCAGGGAUGAAGCUGAAAAAAUAAUUAGCCAAGUAAUUAUAACUAGGACAGAUGUGGAUUCUGACAAGUGGAGUCAAAUUCGUGAAGAUGAUGAUGCUUUUGAGGCUAGGGUGAAGGAGGAAGAACAAAAAAUAUUUGGCUUAAUGGUAGACAGGAGAUCACAAGGCACCACACCUGAUACAACACCAGCCAGAACACCUACUGAAGAUGGGACUCCUUCCAGUGAACCAAAUCCCUUUCUUUUCCAGGAAGGAAAAUUAUUUGAAAUGACAAGGAGUGGUGCCAUUGAUAUGACUAAAAGGAAUUAUUCUGAUGAAAGCUUAGACUUUUUCCAGAUGGGAGAGACAUCUCAGGAAGAAGUGUCAUUAUCUGAAGAAAUGAGAGAAGCCGAAGGCCUAGAAUGCUUCCCUGAAGAACAAUCUUUGAUUUCCACUGCAUCUUCAGAAUUUAAUAAAACAGAAACAGCUAUGAAAAGUUCCCUUAUAUCUGUAUCAGGGGAUGAGGCCACUGCUUUAUAUAGUACAAAAGAAGAUGUUAAAUCUAGAAUUCCUAUUAAAAUGGGUAUUUCAGCCUCUUCAAAAUCAUCAGAGAAAGAAACAACAGCUUCUGAUCAUGACCUCCCCUCUAGUGAUACAUUUGAUAGCUCCCAGAUGCCUUAUCCUAGCUCUCCUGAGCAGACAGUGAUUGAUGUACACUUAAAUUUUUCCACAAUCACUAGGUCUGUUUGUGUUGAAAAAGAAGAUGAUUCCCCAGAUUCCUCCCCAGAGGAGCAGAAAUCUGUGAUUGAAAUCCCUACAGCUGCCAUGGAGACUGUGCCUUCUAUUGAAAGCAAAUCCAAAAUCCCCAUUAGGACUACUCCAGCUACAUUUCCAUCAUCAGAUAAGUCAGAAGCUGAGAGCCUUCCUUCAGUUGACUUCACAGACAACCUGGAAGAACCACAGGAUGAUGCUUCCAAACCAAAAUCUAAAAUUCCAAUUAAGGCAAUUUUUCAAAGAGGUGAGCAAGAAUCAUCAGAGACAGAAACACUUGCCUGGCAGUCAGAAUCAUCUACAGUUCCUGAUGUAACCUGCAAAGUACCUAUGAAACAAGACAUUAGGAGCAAAUCUGAAUCUGAUGCCAGUGCCUCCAUAGACUCAAAAGCUAAGCUUUCGGUCAAAGCUAGAAGUUACACUGAGGCAGAAGCAGAGACCAGAGACAGGGUGGGUGAGAUGAAGCUUGAACUAGAAUCAGAUGAGUUGAUGACUGCCCGACCAAAGAUAUGUUCUUCACGAUUACCUGUUAAGAGCAGAAGUGCCUCAGCUUCCCGAAAUGCUGUUAGUCCCUCAAAAGAAAGUAAGGAACAUUUUUUUGACCUUUACAAAAACUCUAUAGAAUUCUUUGAGGAGAUUAGCGAUGAAGCUUCCAAGUUAGUCGAUAGACUUACACAAUCAGAGAGAGAACAAGAAUUAGUUUCAGAUGAUGAAAGUAGUAGUGCCCUAGAAGUUUCAGUUAUUGAAAAUGUGCCAUCCAUUGAAACCCAGCAGUCACUUGCCGAGGACAUCUUUGACACCAGGCCCAUUUGGGAUGAGUCUAUUGAGACUCUGAUUGAACGUAUUCCUGAUGAAAAUGUCCCUGAUCAUGUUGAAGAACCACAAGAUGAUCAGGAAAGAAUAGAAGAAAGACUAGCACAUAUUGCUGAUCAUCUUGGAUUCAGCUGGACAGAGCUAGCAAGAGAACUGGAUUUCACUGAAGAACAAAUUCAUCAAAUUCGAAUUGAGAAUCCUAAUUCCCUUCAGGAUCAGAGUCAUGCAUUACUGAAAUAUUGGCUGGAAAGAGAUGAAAAACAUGCCACUGAUUCAGGUCUCACAGAGUGUCUUAAAAAAAUUAAUCGAAUGGAUAUUGUUCAUCUAAUGGAAAGUAGCAUGGAAAUGUCCCGAGAUCAUGGCCACACCUAUGCAGAAAUUGAACAGACAAUGGUACUGGAUCACAGUGAAGGAUUCUCUGCACUUCAUGAAGAUCUAUGCAGCACAAAAGAUAAAAAAGAAGAAUAUUCCUUUUCUAAAGACAGUGAGCCAUCAGAUCAUCCCCCCCUUGUUUCAGAAGAAGACCUUUCUCUCAGUUGUUCACUCUUGCAUGAAGGCACAUCUAAGGCUGAGGCAGAAGUAUCUAUGGUAGAACUACUGCACCAAAUACAGAAAGAUCAUGUGAAAGCUGAAUUCUCAGGGAAGCCUCAUGAACUGACAGAAGAUUUACCUACUACACAGGAAUAUGUUAUCACAACUUCUGGAGCAGAUUUGACACAAGUGCCCCAAAGUGUGAAAACAGCCAGCAUUGCCAGUGACAAGUCUGGGGAUUCCACCACAGGAUGUGAAGACCUUGAAAGGCCACCAUUUCAUACUUCAGCAUCUAGUGAUCAAACUGAUUCCCCCAUUGUGGAAGAACCUGAAGACCAUCACUUUCAGCAAGAAGAUACACAUCCAAGGAAAAACAGCCUGGUAAUUGUUGAAACCAUUGAUGAACAGCCUGAAGAAUUAGAAAGACAUGAAGAAGAAUUGUUAGAAAAAGAGCUAGCAGAGGAAUUAGGUGAGCUGGAGGUCAGCUCAGAUGAGGAAGAGAUGGUAACUACCAGGGUCGUCCGCCGCCGGGUAAUUAUUCAGGCUGAUGAUGUGCCUGAAAUACCACCGGAAGCUGUAACGGAGGAACAGUAUGUGGAUGAACAUGGCCAUAUUGUGGUGAAGAAGGUCACUAGGAAAAUCAUCAGGCGAUUCGUUUUACCAGAUGGCACAGAAAAAGAAGAAGUGGUGAUGCAGGGAGAGCCCCAAGAUCCUGUCACAGUGGAAGAGGGAGACAGUUACUCCAAAGUCAUAAAGCGGGUGGUGUUGAAGAGUGAAAGUGAACAAUCAGAGGUGACCUUUUCUGAGCCAAGUGUAUUACCAAGUGCCUCAGAAUUCCAGGCUGAACCAGUAGAAGGCCGCAAGGUCAGCAAAGUUAUAAAAACUACUUUAGUGCAUGGGGAGAGAAUGGAAAAACAUCAUGGAGAUUCUAGUUUAGCAGUGAAUCUUCCAUCAGCCAAAGAUGACUUCGAAGAGGCCCUGAAUUACAUAGGUAACAAAGUGAAAAUUGAAGUCCCCCCAUUAGUAGAGAAAGAGGUCAUGAAAGAGGAUGGGUCGCUUAUUAAAAGGACAACAAUGAGUAAAGCUAGUACACAGAAGAGGACUGUGGUUAAGGAUCAGUAUGGAAACCGGAUUCAUGUGGAGCUGCUAGAGGACACACCAGAAGCGUUACCCCAGGAUGACCUUCAGCAUGACCUUCAGCAAUUAUUAAGGCAUUUCUGCAAAGAUGAGCAGAAGAAAGAGGCCAAAUGAGAUGCUGCUAAAUCUCACCCAUAGACCACCACGCAUAUCCAUUAACUGUCCAGCUUUAUCCAACUUUCUUUUAUCAUAGGUAUUAUUAUUUAACAUAAUCAUCAGGGAACACUGCUGUUUCUACUUUGAGCAUAUAGGGCAGGUUUUCCAUUUCAUUUUCUUUGUUUCUAAAUAUCUGUAAACUAAUUUGUGACCAAAGAUCACAUCCUUCAUUCUGGAUGGUUUUAUCUACUAAGUCAUAGACUUUGUGCUUUCCUGAUUGUCUGUCAACCUUGGCAUUUUUAUUGUUCUUUGUUUUUGCAUCAGAUCCAUAGACACAUAAGUUUCUUCCACAGGCCUCUUGAAAUGACAGUGUACAUGUGUGUUUUUUUAAGAUUAUUAACUUUAAACUGUAAAUAAAGAAAAUAUGUGGAUUCACAAGACGGAAAGAAAGAAGCACUGCCUAUUGCAAAUACUUUUAGCAUCAGGACUAUAAGGUUCGUUGAAGAAUAAUUCAUGUAAUAUUGCUAACAUAAUGCAUUACAGCUAGGACAUGGCUCUAUAAAGAUCGAAGCAAAUCAAUCCUCCUGUGUUCAUAGCACUUCCAGUGUAAUAAAUUACUUGACUAAAAAGAAUCAGAACAAAGCCUCAAAUUUCAGCUGUUUCCCUUACAAGACAGUUGAUUGCAGCCAUUACUGCUUCUUUGCUUCCUGGGAAAGCCACUUCAAGAUUUCCUGAAGAAAAAUAUACCCAGUUAGAUAUAAUGUGCUAGCACCUGUAUCUGUGGCACUUUUGCAUACUGUAUUUAAAUCUUUUAAAUCAGGGACAUGAAAUGGGUGCAUUCAAUAAUUCUGAUUUCUAUACUGUUUUGAUCACUCCUUUAACAAACCACACUGUCUUAGAAGUGGUUGUUUAUGCUGUCCACUACACUAUAGACAUUUUGAAGGAGGAAAAGAAACCUUUACUUUUCAGUAAAAAUUGAUUUAUCACAUUCUGUCAAGAUUGUCUCUUAAUAUGGAACAUGCAUGUGGCAUUGAAGUAUAAAAACAUGACCUUUCUAUAAUCAUGCCAAUUGCUUCUCAUCCUUCCUAGCACUGAGCAAACAGAUAUUACCAUCGUGUUUGAGGUUUUUCUCUGGAGUUUUAGUUAUAAGGAGACAGGAAUCCACCAAGCAUUUGUUUAGUUUUUUUUCUUGCUAUUUUAUUUAUAGUCCUUAACCACUUUUCAAGCAUUAUUCAUGUAAAUGUCUGCACUUUGAUUUUCCAAGAAUGCAUAUAUGACCCUGGAAUUAUUUUGUGAUCUGUACCUAAUUCUAAUAGUGAUCUGAAGCUCUGUAGCAUUUUAACAUAUAUAUGUAAUUAGAUAUAUAUAUAUAUAUAUAUAUAUACAUAUAAUAUAUAUACAUAUAUUAUAUGAAAUGAUAUACAUUUUGAGUCAGUUGUUUGAUAAACACAAAGCAUAUUCAGCAAUUAUGAGUCAGGACCUCUAGGGCUGAAUAUUUUUCAAAACCCUGCUAGCCUUUGUUUCUUUAAACAAAACAACCCCACUCAGUGCUCAGAAUAUUGAAAAUAAAUGUUACAAAUUGCACCUCCUAAUUAAGCAACAAUGCCAAGAGAAAAGAAACCUUUAAGGAGGUUUUGGUUUCCUGGUUUAAAAACAAAAACCUACUCAGUGCCAUAACAAAUUUGUUUUGUUGGCAAAGCAGCACUUAAUGACUGCCAAAAUGAAAGGAGACCUUAUUGCAGGACACACAAUAGCUCAUUUCUCAUUGUCAAGAACAUCACUGUUUAACCUUCAAGACGGGCUCUACAAGAAAUGCAUUUCUGUUGUGUUAUUUGAUGAUGUUCUGUGUAACAGCAUAAUGGCUAUUCUCCUUUUUUCAGUUUUGAAUUUUUGCUGUGUUAUCAGAGAACUUGAAUACUGUGAGAAGGUGAUUUUAAGUUGAUAAAUCGGCAUCUUGUUCCCAUGGUGAUAACACUUAACUGAAUAUAUCUAUGAGGGCAUGUAUUAAAGAUGUAAAACAAACAACAGCACUAACAAUACAUAGCUGCAAUGUGUACAAUGGCUGAUUUAAUUAAAUAAAAAUGUAAAAGUGUUAAAUGUA